AUGCCUUCCCCAAUCCCCGCCCCCUUCCUCCAAGCCCUCCGCCUCCUCAUCCGCGCAAACCACAUCCUGCACCAACAAGGCCUCGUCGACGCCUUCGGGCACAUCUCGAUCCGCCACCCAAUGGACAAAUCCCAAUACCUAAUCGCAGCCUACGACCCCGGCGCGCCCGCGCUCGUAAAAUCCCGCUCCGACUUCAUCGCCUACUGGAUCGCGGAUUCGUCGCCCGUGGACGCGUCGGCGCCGCAGGGCUACAGCGAGCGCUUCAUCCACGGGGCGGUGUUUAAGAAAUUCCCACACGCGAACUGCGUCGUGCACAGCCAUUCCGAGGCUGUGAUUCCGUUUACGCUGGGGAGGCAUGGUGUGAAGCCGGUUUUCCACAUGGCGGGGUUCAUGGGCGCGGACUGGUGUCCGAUGUUCCGCGCGGGCGAGGCGUAUAGCAGUAUGAGGGAGUUCGAGCCGGAUAUGCUGGUGAAGAAUCAGGCGCUUGGGACUGCGCUCGCGGACAAGAUGAGCGAUGAGCAGCCGGUUGUGCUGCAGCAUAAACACGGUUUCACGACGUUUGGGGGCAGUGUCGAGGAGGCGAUUUACCGCGCCGUCUACACGCAGACGAAUUGCAAGCUGCUUGCGCAGGCGCUGGCGGUGGAGAAUCUGGACUGGGAGCGCGUGGCGUUUUUGACGCGGGAGGAGGCGCGCGCCUGUAGGAUUAUGAAUGAGAAGUGCCAGGAUAAGAGCUUCAGGCUGUGGUUGAGGGAGGUGCAGGUCAAUCCGCUGUUUGAGAAUGAGGAGGGGGAGCCGGAGAAAGGGGAGGUCGCGGGUAUGAAGAUGUGA